GAAUCAAAACCAAAACCGUACGUUGAACACAUUUCGAGUUAAGUUUCGAAUACUUCAUUUCUUUUCUUUUAAAUCCUUCUUCAAAACACAAAAACAAAUCAACAUGAAGUUCGUUGUUGCCGUAGUCAUGUUGGCUCUUGCCGUCGGUGUCCAAUCUUCACUCUUGGCUCCAAUAUCCAUUGUUACAUCGGCCGUGCAUCCAGGUGGUGCCUGGGGACAUGGUGGUGCUUGGGGACAUGGUGGUGCUUGGGGACAUGGUGGUGCCUGGGGCUGGGGCGGUCAUGGUGCACCAGCUGCCGUAGCUGUUCAUGCUGCUCCAGCAGCUGUUGCUGUGCACGCUGGUACAGCAUGGGGUCAUUCCGGUCAUGGCUGGGCUGGUGUGCCCGGUAUUGCGUUGGCUCAAGGUCCAGCGCAUGGACAUAUUGCUGCUGCUGCUCCAUUAGCACUUGCGCAUGGUCAUGGUCAUGGUCAUGAUGGUGUUUAUGUAGCUAAAACCCGUGGUGCUGUGCAUACCGCUCCAUUGGCUGGCCACAUUAGCUCUGCUACAUCUCUUAAUGUUGCACCAGCUCCAGGCACGCAUUAAGUACAACCAGUAUAAUUCAUUGUGAUAUGACGACUCAUCAAUGCAACAAUCUCUUGACGACACCGUACGCCAAAUGAAGAUGCGAUUACAUUACUCUCCAUUCUACUUCUCCAAACAUGUGCAACAUUUUAAUUACAUAAAAUAUAUAUAUAUUUCUAUAUAAGGAAAAUCUA